AUGACAGAAACAAACGUAUUUGGUGGUGUGUUAAAAGCAGUGCAUAAAUCAUUUUGUACACAACGAGUAGAUGAAUUUGAUAAAUUAUGUAAUUUAAUCGUGCUGGAAGUUGGAUCAGAUUUGGAUAUAUUUCAAUUAGUUACAUGUUACUCUCUACCUACUGAACCUAUUCCUCUUGAUAUAUUUGAUCGUUUACUUCAGCGUAAUACAAAUACAAUCUUUACCGAUGUUUUUAACGCCAACCAUAAUUCAUGGUCAAGAUUUGAAGAUAAUCAAAAGAGUCGAGCUUUAUUUAGCUGGCUAGUUUCAUCACCAAUACAUUCAUCUCUAGAAAUUAUUAACAAAUAUAUAUCUACUUCAACUUGCUCAAAUCCAACAAUUGAUUUAAUUAUCGCUCCAUCGCAUAUGUCGACUACUUCCUUCUUGGUUCUUCCAAGUAUUGGAAAUGAUCAUCAUCCCGUUCUAUGGAGUGGAUGUGGGUGUUAA